AUGGCUAGCCAGAAGUCUGACGAAGCUCUUCGUCACCAUCCACAUGGAGCCAACGAUUCUAAUUUGUAUACUCACCACGUAGAGGUAGUCCCAGAUCCUCUUGGUGGGCCCCCAACCGUCUAUCGACAACGCCCACUCACUCUCAGCUGGGAUAAAAUGUGCCCUGCUGCUCGUAAUAUGUUUGCAGAAUUGGCCACUGGUGAUUAUCCCAACCGCUACGAAAGUUGUGUUCAUUUGACGUUGUUGAAAUGGGCGGAGCAAAUGAGCCCUGGUGAUCCUAACCUCCUGCCCGAUGGCAAUCCAACCUACAUUCAAGAUGAUAUCAUACCCGUCAUCAAGGCCUAUGUCAAUAGAAUACCUGAACCUGGCCUUGCUGGGACCCCAAUUCCCCCAGCCUUACCGAUGAAUGAAUUAGAGGCUCUUGAUUUUCUUCACCACCACCAAGCACUUCCUUACCAACAGGCAGACUAUGCAGAAAUAUUCCCCGAACUUCCGGACGGGUUCGUCUGGCAUCCAAUCCAAACAUUGGUCGGUGUUCGCGGGCUGGACCAUCGCACCUUGAUCGAGUUCCGUGCCUACAAACACUUCUGGACUAUCCAUAAAGAUGAUUCGGAUAUCAAGGAAUUUACGACAAAGGAUGAACCGACUUCCGAAAUUAGUAUCGUCCGUCCUGCAGGAGACCCCGAUUAUCCACAGGUCGUUCCAGGUGGCUUCCACAAUAUGUCUUUACCUCCUACAGACCAACAAAUAAAGAAGAACUUCCUCAAAAUUAACAAGCUUCGGAAAUACAAUGGAGAACCAGCACACCCCCAAAUAAUGUACGUUCGAUUUGCUCACAACCUUGCAACUAUCAUCACAGACCAUAGCAACGACGCCACUAUUUUUGAUGGAGAGGGAAUUCCCCGCCCAAGGAUCAUCGGAUCUCUCCAGUACGACGAAUAUAUUGAUGAGGAUGACUUUACAUCCCGCUUCGGAGAAUAUGGACGAGUUUACCUUAACCGUCUACCAACCCUUUUUGAAACUAGUGGUCCGCCAGCUGCACCAGCCACACCAACUACUGAACCGGCACAGCAAACCUCUACCCCCACACCAGCUUCGGCAGCCACGCCGGCAGCAAACAGUAAUACACAGCCAAAAACUCGUCCAAACGUUAUUGAGUUUACCGCUGAAUUUGCGGGCAGGGGUUUAGAGGCGAGAAUUGAUAUCCCUUCAUGCGAAUGCCCAGCUGCUGUUAAGGCUGCUCAAAUGACUGGUGCUUUUGCGUCGGGAAUCGCCUCGAUGAAGAAGCCGGCUGCCGGUGAAACCCAGCACGUCCAUAUACCUGAAGUUGCUUGUUGUUCUAAGGCUACUGCGAAAACAUCCACCGCUCCUCCUACGACCACUAAUACGACUAUAAACGCUCCUUUCAAACCUCAACUUGAUCUAGCUAGCCUCUCCGCGAUUGAGACUAAAAUAAGGCAGCUAUCUCUCGAAAAGAAAAACCCUCGCCAACUCAAACCUUUGUCCAAAAAUCUUGGAAACGCCUAUAGUUUUGACCAUACUGGUGCCGCUGCCAAAGCCGUAGCUAGUAAAAUCGCCACAGCAGUGUCCGCCAAGGCUAUUGCGGACGCCAAAGAAGUCACCACGCAGCAUAACACUAAGGGAGAUGGCGGCACCAAGCCCAGCACUCCAGCUUCAAUCCCUGCCAUUGUCCAAACCCCUACAGUUCAAAACAUGCUGCCAGAGCUGAGAUCGAUGGCCUCCGCGCAAGGUUACUAUUUCGCCAACUGCCUCAACCGUCAAAAGCUUGUCGAAGAUCUCGCAAAGGAAGAGCUCUGUAAUGAUAUCCCAAGGAUCGGGCCUGGAGCAAAAUCCUGGCAUACACUUAAAAGCGAACAGCGUGCUAAUCCGAUCACAUUCAGGGGCAUGGACGGACCAUCUAUCGAACAUAUUAAGUACACCGCGGUUACCAGCAUCCAACAAACAGUAUUUUACUAUCUAUACACCGGCGAACGUAUCAAAAGAAAGAGGAUAGCAGCGGACUCAGCUGAUGGGACAUGCUUCGUUAAAGUUUACAACAUCCUUGAAGCUGGUCAACGAUUGGUUGUGGAGCACGACAUUGAAAAUUACUACGUUCGAACAAAUGGGGUCGCUCAUCGCUAUGAUCAUUCUAUGAAUAGCGGGAUCAUUCCUACUCCGAAGGAAACUCUCAAAGAAAAAAUUGAACUAACAACUGAGGAACAAGCUGCCUUUAGACAUUUGGUUGAGGAUUCGAAGGAGCUUUGGAAACACCCAACCACUUGCAAAUGCAGACGCAGCAAAUCUUAG